AUGUACGCCUACAAUAAGCCUAUCAACCCAAUGGAACCUCUAGCGGAGCUGGACCAUUACAUUGGUAUCGAUGUUGGCACAGGCUCCGCCCGCGCCUGCAUCAUUGACGAAUCUGGCGACAUCAAAGCCCUCGCUGCACAGGACAUUAAGUUGUGGCAGCCUCAGACUGGCUACUACGAACAAUCUACGACAGACAUUUGGCAGUGCAUAUGCGAAUGUGUUCGCAGGGUAGUCGGCGAAUCCCAAGUCGACCCCAACUCCAUUAAAGGCAUUGGCUUUGACGCCACUUGCUCUUUGGCCGUCUUCUCGACCGACACCGACGAACCGAUUGCCGUUACCGGCCCUGACUUCCAAAACGACGGCAAUGACCGCAAUGUCAUUCUGUGGCUCGACCACCGACCUGUCGAGGAAACCGAGCUCAUCAACAAUACAGGCCACAACCUCCUCAGAUACGUCGGAGGCAAAAUGAGCAUCGAAAUGGAAAUUCCCAAGAUUCUCUGGCUCAAAAAUAAUAUGCCCCCAGAGCUUUUCGCCCGAUCCAAGUUCUACGAUCUCGGAGAUGCCCUCACUCAUAUCGCUACGGGAAAUGAGAGUCGCAGCUUUUGCAGCACCGUCUGCAAGCAGGGUUUUGUCCCAGUUGGUGUAGAUGGCAGUGUCAAGGGCUGGCAGGAAGACUUUUAUGACACGAUUGGUCUGAGUGAUUUGGUUGAAGACAAUUUUAAACGCAUGGGAGGCGUCGAUAAGGUGAACGGAAGAUACGCCAGUGCUGGUGAAUGUGUUGGCACCCUGAGCAGGCAGUCUGCCUCUCAGUUGGGCCUUCCCCAAGGCAUCGCCGUCGGCAGUGGUGUCAUUGAUGCUUACGCUGGCUGGAUUGGAACUGUUGGCGCCAAGGUUGAACUCGGCGAUGACGAGCUCAACGCCAAUGUCCCCGACAACGACCUUGCUCAGGCGUUUACUCGCCUGGCUGCUGUGGCUGGUACUUCGACUUGCCAUCUUGCUAUGUCCAAGAACCCGGUUUUUGUUCCAGGCGUCUGGGGUCCCUACCGUGAUGUACUCCUACCAGAGUUCUGGAUGGCUGAGGGUGGCCAGUCCGCGACCGGCGAGCUGCUUCGACACAUGCUGGAUAUCCACCCCGCCUUCAACGCGACGCAGGCGCUGGCUAAAGCCGAGGAUAAACACAUUUACGAUUGGCUCAACGCCCACCUCGAAUACAUGGCCGAGAAGGACAAUGCACCCGCCGUGUCAUACCUCGGCCGCCACCACUUCUUCUAUGGUGAUCUGUGGGGCAACCGUUCUCCCAUCGCAGAUCCUACUAUGAAGGGUGUUAUGAUUGGACUUGACAGUGACAAGAGCACCGACAAUAUGGCUCUCUGGUACUAUGCUACCAUGGAGUUUAUCGCUUUCCAGACGCGCCAAAUUAUUGAGCAGAUGAACAAGUCUGGUCACGAAAUCUCGUCAAUUUUCAUGUCGGGCUCACAGUGCCAGAACCCGAUUCUGAUGAACCUGAUGGCUACUGUCUGCAGAAUGCCAAUUCUGAUCCCUCGCUAUGUUCACGCCGCCGUCGUGCACGGUGCUGCCAUGCUGGGUGCCAAGGCUGCUAGCCACAACGAAGAAGGUCGCGACCCUGAGUCGCUCUGGAGCAUCAUGGAUCGCAUGAGCAAGCGCGGUCGUCUGGUUGAGCCGGGUACCGAUGCCGGCGAGCUGGCAAUGCUCGACGCCAAAUACGAAGUCUAUCUCGAGAUGUGCAACAGUCAGCAAGCGUACCGCAAAAAGGUGGACGCCGCUACUUUAAAGUGGAAGAAGGAGUUUGGCGGCGACGCAUGA